AUGCGUGAAAUAAGAAAGCAAAUCUACGAAAACUUCAACCAAACUAUAAAACAAAUCGAACCAAUCGAAUUUUUAAAUUCAACUGCCAAAGAGCAAACCGAUAAGAAUAUUGAGGAAUUUAAAAAAAAACUAAGUGAUCAUGCUACUGAAAUCAAGCAAUUGACCGGUUUUAAAGAAGAAUUAGAAAAAAUAAAAAUGUUGCUAAGCAUGGAAACUAAGCAAAAAGAGGAACUGAUAGCAAAAAACAGAGAAUUGGAGACCUCAUAUACUUCUGAAACCAAAGAGUUGAAUAAUAAAAUAGACUCUUUGAAUCAAUAUUUGGAAAAUACUUGUACUGAACUAAAGACUAGAAAUGAAGCCAAAACUAAAUUGGAAGAAGAAAUAGAACGGUUGAAUGAGAGACUAACCUUUGGUUUAGAUGAUAAAGAGGAGUUAAAUUCUUCUCGAAGGAAAUUAGUAGAAAAAAAUAAAGAACUAGAAACUAGCAAUCAAGAAUUAAAAUUAAUAAUUCAAGAAAGGGAAAAAGAACUUUUAUUAGUUAAACAAGAAACCGAAAAAAUUAAAGAAAAUUUAAAAAAUAUUCAAAAUAUAGAUACCAAACUAAAAUUGGCGGAAGAGGAAGCGACUUAUUGA